AUGAAUAUCGAUUUUUCGAGUAUCCGUCAAGAUGUUAUCAAUCAAGUUCGAGCAGAAUAUCUGCAAAAAGAGGAGGAGAAAGUAUUGAAAAACGCAACCAGUGUUACGCCUGAAGUAUUAGUAAAGUUAGGCAGUUUGGUGAAAGAAACAAACCUGUUACAAGUUUUAAAGGACUGUAAACGGAGACAGGAUAGAAAAGAAAAAGAAUUAUUUGCACAACGACAAGCCAUUGAAGCGAAAUUCAAGAAGCAGAAGGAUGCUAUAUUAACAAAGGAGAUGCUUGGUGUCAAAGUGGAUCCAAGCGAAUUGAAGAAACUUGAAAAAGAAAAGGAUAAAAAGUUACAUAUAAUGGAUCUACUAGUGUUGAAAGAAAUGGAUAAAGAAGUGAAAUACUUACAACAAGAAUUUGUUAAUUUGGAGGUGCCGUUGUUUAGAGUAACUCAAGAUCCAAAACAGCUCAAGUUACAACAAAAAAUAUUGAAUAUGUUGCAGGAUAUGCUUUGA